AUGACAGGAUUGAACAAAUUUCUCUACCAAGUCGAUCUCGCCAACCCCAAAGCAAUAAGAUCAGUCGCAGCAAAAGUUCGCUCGGAACAUGGGGACCCCACAAUUCGAAGGACCUUUGAUGUAAACAUCCUCGCUCAUUUCCUGCUUGUCCAGGAAUUCUUACCGGACAUGGUAUCUCGUAACCACGGUCACGUGCCACUGGAUAUUGCCGUUUGUGAGGGCUUUGCCCUGUUGAUUCCAGGAGCUUAUCAGAAAUCGGCUUUCCGUGAAGAGAAUAGCUGCGCUGGCAUGAGUCAAGACGUUUACCGAGUUCUCACCUAG